AUGCCGCUGGAGCUGCCCAAAGGCUUCACGGCCAUCAAAGACGCUACCUACCUUACUGAUAGUGUCAACCUGAUCGGCGUUCUCGUCAACUACGAUCCGCCAAAGUCAACUAGAGGCACUUCCUGGGCCCUCGACUUCACCAUCCAAGAUGACUUUGCGUCCGGUGAUGUUGGUGAUCAGUCAAGCAUCCGUUGCCGCUUGUUCAGACGCGCUGAGAACAAAUUCCCUCCAAUCUCUGGGAUUGGCGAUGUUGUCAUGCUCCGCGGGUUUAAAAUCCAGGAAUUCAACCUUCGUAAGGAGGCUGUUGGUCGGGACAUGUACGACACCAACAUGCUCGUUUUUCCUAGCAGCAGGAUUCCGGUCCCAGGCCUGAGCCACCCUUUCCAGGCCGGCAGUCAGAAACUGCCUCACGCCUUGACUGGAGGCCCACCGCCUACGAUCCCAGAGCAGAUGGCUGUCAUCCAUAUGAAGAAUGCUUCUACUGGUGCAGCGCAACAAGUGCAGCAGCAUGUGGUGGUUAAUACGUCGAAGGCCAGGACAAGAAGAUCAGUCAGCUUGAUCAAGGACUUACAAUUUAAUAAUUACUAUGAUGUCCGUGCCCAGGUUGUCAACAUUUACUACUAUCAGAUGGGAGGCCAAGUUGACCUGAAAGUAACCGACUACACUCCGAAUGAGCAAAUGUACAACUAUGCAGACCCAGAACAGGAGCAGAGCCACUUCGCAUCAGAUAGGGACUGGAAAGGGCCAUAUGGCUUUCUGACUUUGAAUGUCACCCUCUACGGAGCGAACGCGACCUGGGCAUCGGAAAACCUUGCUAAUGGCGACUAUGUCUUUAUGAGAAAUAUGCGAGUUAAGACGUCCAGUAGGGGUUCCCUCGAGGGCGCGAUACAUGAAGACCGCCGGAACCCGUCAAAGGUCGACAUACGUCACAUGGGGAACACGACCGACAUAGAGGAGAUUGACAAACGCCGAGAAGAGUACGAGCAAAAACGUGGGAACAAGACGGCGUUCCAGGCUAUGCAGAACGAACCCAAGAAUACCCUAGGCAAAACUUCGAAAGAAAAGAGACAAGCGAAAAGAGAAAGGCAACGAGUACUGAAACAGGCCGAGCAAGACGAACUGGAGAAGAAACAACAAGAGUUGGAGAGGACUCGUGGCGGGGUCAAUCCCAAUGUCAUCGCUGCUUAUCCUGACAUAAAACCCUCCACCAUCUCCGAGAUCAUAUACAACCAUCACCUCGAGGUUCAGACCCCAGAAAAGCACCAUAGUUAUAAGCUCCCCUUCAUCAACUGCAAACAUCGGUCUCGCGUCCGUGUAGUAGAUGUUUAUCCUCCCGAGCUCAAGCUGUUCGCACACUCCAAGAGCGAUAGAAAGUGGAGAGGGCAAUCUAAGAACCAAAGAGCCGCUGACGGUCCAACGAAAGAAAUCUGGGAAUGGGGGUUUGUUCUCCUGCUCGAAGAUGCAAGCAUACCCCGCGAUACAGUAUCCGAGAAGUUGCGCGUGGUCGUGAACAAUGAUGCGGCGAUGUUCCUCCUGGGGAUGAGUGCUAAAGAUAUCAUAAACAAGCCCACCGCUCUCAACCAACUCGAGGAGAAGCUCUUCAUCUUAUGGGGUAACCUCAUGGAGCUCAAAACAGAGCUGAGAGAUCGAGCAACUGACCUUCCCCUACCGCCGGGAGACAACCGCCUAACGAACAAGCCUUUCGAUGCUUGCAUUGAAGAGUAUGGCGCCGAGGUGCCUAUAUCAGCCGAGAAUCCGUACGGCUAUCAACGCAUGUUCAAGCUCUCCCAAACGAAGAUUCAGAACUGA